AUACUAAGAAGUCGCCAAUAAAAUAGAGAAAUUAUUUUUGAUAUUCACGUUCAAUUAAAACCGACCACACACACAAUUGAUCACGAAACAUUAAUUUACACUUCAGCUGAAAUAUAAAUAAAUACGCGUAUAAUAAUAGAGUAGCAAUAUAUAAGAAGGCACAAUGCUUCAGUAGGGCAUUUUACCAAGUAUAGUUCUUCUUUCUCUUUGAAUUUAAUAAUACGGUCAAACAAAACGUUCAUGAUAAUACGUACUAUCUCACGGGCCGGAAUCCUUUUUGUAGGAAUCGAAUACACACAAUUGAGCGGCUAUAUUAAAACCAAUACAGUUGUGGUGCAGGAACGUAUAAACGUAUACAAAGAGUGAAACGUGAACGGCAUGCAGCAUCAGGGAAAACAAGACAGAAUUUCCCGUAUAAUUUUCUCAGUCGUUUAGUCUUUAUUUAUAUUCGCUGAGGCUGGUUUUAUGUUUGCAGCAUCACGUAACCAAGUCGUCAGUUCGAACGAUCUCAGGCAGAAGUGCUCGAUUAUUUUCCUGUCGGCAACUCAAUGAACAGUGACAAAGAGCCAGUUUAAAUCAUUUUUCGGAUGGAAAUGACGAAAAAUUUAAUAGAUACCAAAUAUUUUGCUAGUGAUUUGAAGUUUUGCGGGCACAACAAAUGCAAACAAGAGGCAAACAUCAAAUUAGGAACAAUGUAAAUGAAACGAAGAACACGUUAGGAGCAUUGAAUUCAUAAAGUGAAGCAGAGUGUCUGAAUAAUUGAUUCUUGAAGUCUGAAUUUGUAGAAAAGACUGAAUGAAACAAAGCUGAAAACAACAACAAGAAAAGAAAAAAAAUACAAACACUUUGAAUUCAUGUAAAUUAAAUUGACUAAUAAGUAGAACUGGAGACAGUUAAACGGCUUUGAAAAAUGGCUUUGGUAAUGUUGCCGUGCGAUCUACCUUGGUGGUCGAGCAUAUGUAAGCGACUUACAUUGUUACAACAAACUGAUGACACGUACAUGAUUCUCGAAAUUAUGCUACGCAUUCACGAUCUAUGCAAUGUCAGUCUUGAUCCAGAUGAAGAUAAACGCGAUGCGACUAUAUUCGAUGGAUUAAAAAAUUAUAUGCUCAACGAAAUGACGGAUGAAGAGUGUCAACGAUUUAAAACGGUAACGAUUCGUAAUUUAGCGAAACGAGCACAAAGUUUAAAGGCAGUUCGGCCGCCACGUGGACUUAGUUUCAGUUUGCAACAACAACCGGAUAAAGUGAAAUUAAGCUACGAUUUGGUGGCAGCACUUUUGGCAAAUGCCUUUUUCUCGACAUUUCCGAAGCGAACGGAGAAAACACAUCCCACAUUGCAAGACUUUAAUUUUUCCAACUUUUUUCGGAAUUUAAAUGAACCACAUCAAAAGGUGAAAUUUCAAAGUUUUAUCAAAUACUUUGACUGGUUGGAAUCGCAAGCAACUGCACAGGAUGAAAUGCGGGAAAGUCAAGGGGCAAAGAGUGCUACCGACGCAUCAACGGACGAUGCAAAUACGUUUAUGAAAGUUUCUAGAAAAGUGUUUAGUGGCAAACAAUGGUUAACUAUAGAAGACUGGCUCGAGUGUACCGUGCCGCUGUGUGCAUUGGAAGUAAAGCAUGAAGGACGCAUAGAGCGAUCCGAAGACAAUGUUGUGCAAACCGUUUUUGCCAGUACUCGAUUGGGAGGUGAUUUUUUAUCAAACGGCUGGUCUCAAGAAUGUUUAGAAUUCUCUCUAUUUCCGGAAUUAAUCGCAGUUUUAUUAUACGUUGAAGCACUAGAGGAUAAUGAAGUGGUGUUUGUUGAAAAUGUACGACAAUUUAACCGCAUUUCAAUCGAUUCGAAUAAGCAACCGUUCUUGGAAAAUUUGGAUCGACCUAAAAAGGUUUCUGUGUGCUUGAUGGACGCAGAGAAUUACUGCGAUUACCCCGAUAGUCAGUUUGAAGAGGAUAACGUUUUAAGAGAAUUGAAUAAAUGUUUGCUCGCUUUUCGCCAAAACACAACCUGCCCAAUUAUUCCAAAAACCAACCAACGCAUCAAUCGUCGCCUCAACUCAAUGCCAUCGAUUGAAAGCAACCAUGAGUCUGAUUCCGUUAUCGAUAAAGAUCGAAAUAGCGCCCAAAAAAGAUUGUCUCCCAUUGGUGAAAGCGGCCGAAAUUCACCAAAAGACAUAACCCAGAUCAUCAUUAGACAACCAUCAACGAGUACAAAGCGGUCCAGUUAUGACUCGGAUCGCAUUGCGAACAACAUCGAGAAACGAAGAUCGUGGCUGGUGGCCAGUCCAAUGGGUGGAAGUAGCAGUAAAGAUGGUGGUAGUGUCGUUACAGGACCAACUGCAUCCGGUAGACGUGGUCGGUUUAUAGUAUUAGGCUCCUCUGGUGAAUGCUUACCAGUUAACAGAACAACUGCAAAACGCCAAAUGUUUGCUAAAUCAUCGACAAAUCGGACGGACAGCAACAGCACUUACUCCAGUUGCAAUUCCAGCGAUGGGCACGAUGAUGUCGGCGAAGAAAUGUAUUUUAGCGCGAGAACAAGUUUUGAUGAUUUUGUUGAAGUUUGGAACGAUUCGGAUUGUGAAAAGUAUGCGGAAGCGAUGAAAACCGCUAGGCAUUACACAUUUGCGGAAAAAUUGCGAGAUGCUUUGAGGCAUUCAGACACACAAUACACCGAAAGCACAGAGGACAGCUACGCAGUUGACAUAAGCAUAUCAGGAUCACGAACCGACGCCGAUGAGGGAAUUAGGAUUAAACGUGGUGGUAGCCGUGGUUUUGUUCUCAACGACGACUCAUUGGACGAGGGAUUUUUUAUGGAAUCGGUGAACCAAAGCCAAACUUGGCUAGAAAAAUAUGAGAAUAAAUUUUCGAAUGUGAAUGCUGUUAAAACUGAUAAUAAUGCCAAUGUGACGGCGGGCGAAAAGACAAAGUAUAAUUAUGAGGAUGAUUCAUCGGAGUUCAGCUCGGAGCUGGAGGAAGUGUACGAACAGUUUAGCAAGUGGUUGGACGAUCCAAUUAUUAAAGAAAAUGUGGACAAAUUGGAUCCACGCGAUGAGGCCGUUCUCAAUUUUGCCAGCGGGCUACUGAAACGAACACUGAGUGAGAGUUUUGUCGGUGUACCAUUAACUGAAGGCUGCAUUUCCAGCGCAUGUAUUCCAGCCGAAGAGAAUUCGAUGCAAAACUAUCAAGAUAAGCAGAAGAACAGACAAAUUCUAAGUGCACGAUCGCAGUCAUUGGAAGUGGCGAAACACAAACACCGCCUCGCCGCGCAACUAAUUGCACAGAUGAACAAACACCGUCUAAAUAAGAAGGAUGGCAUUGCAGCAGUGGCGACGGGCAAUUGGGGUUGCGGCCACAAACAAGGUAAUGUGCAGCUGAAACUUGUCAUUCAAUGGAUGUCGGCCAGUCUGGCAGGUUUACCAGUAUUAAUUUACAAUACAUCAGGCCACGAAAAGUUAGCAAAGUUGGACACUGUGUGUCGUGUUUUAUUAGACCGCAAGUGGACAGUCGGCGAAUUGGCAGCAGCAACCCUCGAACAUGCCAAAGACAUUUUGGAAUAUGACGAUAAAACAAGUGAUGCGACAAUAGAAACAUCGGAACGAUGCUUUUUUGAAAAACUGAUUGGCAUUUGAUGCCAACAACAUUUGUAGGUUUAUACAUACAUUAUUUGCUUCCGUUUGGAUUUGAUCGGUUUCGUUUUCUAAAGUGUAAACAUUUGUAUAUCAAACAUCGAAAAGCAAUACAUUUUACAAACAGUCAUAGGUAAUUUUUUUUUGUCGAUUGUUCAUUCGGGAAUAAUAUGGGAUGAGACAAAGUCAGUCAGUCGAUUUCGUCAUUGUAUAUUUCCUCAGUAUUUGGUGUUUUUUUUUGGCAAAAUUGAAAAAGAUAUCAGGCCAAAUAGGCAGGAAAUGAAUUUUUCUGAAAAAAAAAAACAGCUUUUUCCAUCACUCAGUUUGCUUCUUAUCUCAUUUACAGUUUCUUUUUUUUUACAUUUUUCAAACACUUCUAUCGACAACACAAUGUAUCAUCAUUCUUAGACGAAGAAAAAAAAUCAUCAAAAUUAAAUUCUUUAAACGCAUAAUUUUAACAUUCAAUUUUAUACCGCCUAAACCUUCUUUUUUUCAAGAGAUUCGUAUAAAAGUUCAAAACAUGCAACAAUCAAUAUAUACGUCUUCCUAUUUAAAAAAAAACUCUUUUCAGAAGAAAAAAAUUACAAAACAUACCUAAGCCCAUAUUCUUUAUUCCAAGAGCGUUCAGAAAUGAAGAUAUUUAUGCAAGUGCAAGAGAAGCCGAGUUUUCUAGGCCGAGUUUUUAACUCUUAUCUUCUUUUAUAAAUGUAUUACUAUUCGGAAUGUUUUGAAUGGGACUUUUGAUGUUAUAAGCCAAUCAAACCAUGUAAAAAUUUCUAAUAUUCAAUAUAUAUAUAAAUAUAUGAAAAAAAAAUCGUAUACUACAA